AUGAUCCCUGCAUGUUUCAGUAACUCUAACACACUCUCAAACAGCUCAGAAAUGCCACAGAACCUCAUAACAUGCAUUUACCAAACUCAACUAUGCAACUCACCAACCUAUCUCACACUCACUUGGUCCAAGACUAUCUUCUCUCACUCUCUAACCAUCCAUGCAGCAGAUUGUUUCUCCAUCAGCAUCUCUCUCAACCCAGCAACCUUCUCAUUCUUCAGGGCUCGACCAGGGUACAAAUCCAUAUACCUGACUCACCGCCAUUACCAGAAGAUCAAGCUCUACUGGGACUUCACUCAGGCUGAGUUCCCUCAGAACUCAGCAGAUCCCGAGUCAUCCUUCUACAUUGCUAUUACAUGCAAUAACAGGUUAGAAUUCUUUCUGGGUGAUCUCCUAAACGAGUUGACUCGGCGGUCCGGGUUGGUCGGGGCACGUUACUCAGCUGAGGCAACCUUGUUAUCUAGAAGAGAGCAUGUGUUUGGGCGCAGGAAUUAUUUAACCAGGGCUAUGUUUAUGGGGUCCAAACAUGAAAUUGGAAUAGAGUGUGGUGGUGGAGUGCUCAAAGUAAAAGUGGAUGGGGAGAUAAAACUUGUGGUGAAAAGACUUGCAUGGAAGUUUAGAGGUAAUGAGAGAAUUAUAGUUGGUGGUGUGGAAGUAGAAUUUUAUUGGGAUGUGUUCAAUUGGGUCAAUAGUAACAUUGGUACAAACAAAUGUAAUGGCCAUGGUGUGUUUAUGUUCCAAAUAGGUGAAGGAGGGGUGUGGCCUGAGAUGGUGGGACCAGAAAAGAGGCUAAUGAGGAAGAGCCUGUCAUUAGCGGCGACAGCGGCAGCGCCAAUGCCGGCGAUUUCAUCGUCGCCAUCUCUUUCAUGCUCGAGUGUGUUGCAAUGGGCGGAGGAGAGCAGUGAUGGUGGUAGAAGCUCAUGUUCAUCGUCUACAAAGUCUGGUGGGAGUGGUGGUGGAUUUUCUUUGUUGUUGUAUGCUUGGAGGAAAGAUUGA